AUGAUAGUAGAAAGUUUGAAUAUCAGGGGGGGUGGGAGUUUGGUUAAGAGGAAGAGCAUUAGCAACCUGAUUUCGAUCGGAAGGGCAGAUAUAUUCUUUAUUCAAGAGUCUAAGCUAAAGGAGGUCGAUCUUAAAAUUGUCGACAGUUUGUGGAAAAAUGAGAAGGUUGGAUGGUCUUUCGUUCAGUCUGAAGGAAGAUCUGGGGGAUUAAUUACGAUGUGGAAGGAAGGGGCCAUGGAGAUUAUUUUGAGCUUCCGAAGAGGAGGGAUUUUGGGUACGAAAGUAAAGUGGAAAGGGGUGAUUGUCUAUUUAGUCAAUAUCUAUUCGCCGUGUUCUCUUCGAGGCAAGAAGGAGUUAUGGAAGGAUUUGCUGGAACUCAGGGCGAUUUUUUCUGAUGGGUACUGGUUGAUGGGUGGUGACUUUAACGCUGUCAAGAAAAGAAGCGAGAGGAAAGGCCGUAGCUCCGGGGGAGGUUCAGAAGCUAGUCUAUUCUCGGGCUUCAUAAAAGAUAGUAGGUUGAUCGAUAUGCCUUGCAACGGGAAUAGAUUUAGUUGGUACAGUGGAGAUGGUUUCUCGAUGAGUAGGCUGGACCGGUUUCUGGUGGACGACUUCCUCAUUGAUAGGUGGGGCAUGGUGGGUCAGAAGAUUGGAGAUAGAAGCAUCUCAGAUCACUGUCCGAUUUGGACUGUUAGUAACAAAGAAAAUUGGGGUCCAAAACCUUUCGUGGUGAACAAUGCUUGGUUUGAGGAUACUUUGUUUCUGCCGUUUGUGGAAGAGGAGUGGAGGAAGUUGAGGGUCGAGGGCAGAGGGGAUUUCAUUCUCAAGGAGAAGCUCCGGAUGUUGAAGGAAAAGCUUAGAUGGUGGAACCGUGAGGUUUUUGGUAGGAUAGAUAUGGUGAUAGAAGAAGGAAAGAAAGGCUUAAAUGAAACUGAUAGGCUGUUGACAGCUUGUAAGGAGGGAGAGGUUGGUGGCCUUGUGGAUGUAAGGAGUGAGGCAACUAAAAUUAUGUGGUUGAAUAUGAGGUUAAAGGAGAAUAUCCUCCUGCAGAAGUCCAGAGUGAAGUGGGAUAAAGAAGGGGACCUGAAUAGCAGAUACUUUCAUAAUAUCAUGAAGGCGAGGAGAAGGCGUAACUUUAUUGGAAGUGUAACGACGGAGGGAGGAGUUCUAGAUGAAGUGGGCCCUAUUAAAGAGGAAGUGAGGAGGCAUUUUGAGGAGAAGUUUUCGGAGUUGGAGGCGGUGCGUCCUACUCUUGAAGGCUCAAUGCUUAAGUCCAUUUCAUUGGUUGAUAAGGGAAUGUUGGAGGAACCGUUUUCGGAGGAGGAAAUAAAAGAUGCGGUGUGGGGUUGCGAAGGGACGAGAAGUCCGGGUCCGGACGGAUAUAAUUUUUUCUUCAUUAGAAAGUGUUGGAGCUUUAUGAAGAAGGAUUUCUCUUUGUUUUUCAAUGGUUUUUAUGCAGAUGGUAUUUUGUCUAAGGCGACUGUUUCUUCAUUCAUUAAUUUGAUCCCUAAGAAGGAGAGCCCUAGUAGGCUUGAUGAUUUUAGGCCCAUAUGCCUGGUGGGCUGUCUCUAUAAAGCCAUAUCCAAGCUUCUCGCUUCGAGGUUAAAGAAGGUUCUGAAUUCGGUGAUCUCGGAGGUUCAGAGUGCCUUUGUUCCCUGUAGGAAUCUUUUGGAUGGCGUGAUGGUAGCAAACGAGAUAAUGGAUUACGCAGUCAAGGAGAAGAAGGGUUGUUUGUUGUUCAAGGUCGAUUUCGAAAAGGCUUACGAUAGUGUUAAUUGGCCUUUUCUGUUUUGGAUGUUGAAGAAGUUGGGGUUUGGAGAACGUUGGAUUUCUUGA